UGGCUAUGAAUCCAAUCCAGAGACCUGAGAUGUACAUCAUUGGAGCCCAACCAGUGUGUAGCCAACUACCAGGGCUAUCCCCAGGCCAGAGAAAGUUGUGCCAACUGUACCAAGAACACAUGAUGUACAUUGGUGAGGGGGCUAAGAACGCCAUCAAAGAGUGCCAGUUCCAGUUCAGGCAGAGGCGAUGGAACUGCAGCACAGUGGACAACACGUCUGUCUUUGGCAGGGUCAUGAGCAUCGGUAGCCGAGAGACCGCCUUCACUUAUGCUGUCAGUGCUGCGGGAGUUGUGAAUGCCAUCAGCCGUGCCUGCCGUGAAGGAGAGCUCUCCACAUGUGGUUGCAGCCGGACAGCCCGACCCAAGGACCUGCCCCGGGACUGGCUAUGGGGUGGGUGCGGGGACAAUGUGGAAUAUGGCUACCGGUUUGCCAAAGAGUUUGUUGAUGCCAGAGAGAGGGAGAGGAACUAUGCCAAGGGAUCAGAAGAGCAGGCCCGUAUACUCAUGAACUUACAGAACAACGAGGCAGGGCGCAGGGCAGUGUACAAGCUGGCUGAUGUGGCUUGCAAGUGUCACGGAGUCUCAGGGUCCUGCAGCCUCAAGACCUGCUGGCUGCAGCUGGCUGACUUCCGCAAAGUGGGGGACCUCCUGAAAGAGAAAUACGACAGUGCUGCCGCCAUGAGAAUCGGCCGCAAAGGCAAGCUUGAACUAGUGAACAACCGCUUCAAUUCGCCUACCCCCGAGGACCUGGUCUACAUUGACCCCAGUCCGGACUACUGCCUGCGUAAUGAGACCACUGGCUCCCUGGGCACCCAGGGGAGGCUGUGUAAUAAGACUUCAGAGGGCAUGGAUGGAUGCGAGCUGAUGUGUUGCGGCCGGGGCUAUGAUCAGUUCAAGAGCGUGCAAGUAGAGCGUUGCCACUGCAAGUUUCACUGGUGCUGUUACGUCAAGUGUAAAAAGUGCACAGAGAUUGUCGACCAGUACGUCUGUAAAUGAAAGGCCAGCCAGAGCUACAAAUCUAUAUGAUAUAAAUCUAUAUAAAUCUAUUUUAUAUAUUUGUAUAAAUAAAUAGAUGAAGAUGUUGAUGUUGAUGAUGUAAUAAUAAUAAUAAUUAUUAAAGAAGCUUAUUUAAGAGACUAAAAUGCUUCUAUUAGAACGACUGAGGGGUUGGGCGGCUCCUUUUUAAAUUAUUUAGUCAUGGAGCAAGGCAAAAAAGAGGAGGGAUGGGAUUUCUGUACUUGUUCCCUGCAACCCUUGAAACAACUCAGCCAGAAUAAACGGGAAACUUGAGGUACGUUGCUGGCUCUGGACGCUUUGCCACAGAAGCAGUGAGAAUGGUGGUGGUGGCGGCGGUGGUGAGGUUCCUUCUGCUACUUGAUAGCCGAAAUUCAAAGAAGUUACGUGUGUUUUGGGGGUACAGCCAAAGAAAGCGCUUUAGAAGCUCAGAUGAAUUUCCAAAAGGACUUGAAGCAGUUCUCUCUUCUUAACAAAACACUAUGGGAUGCCAGACUGCCAAAAAGGAAAAAAAAAAUGUCCAUUUUAAUCCCAAAGACCGAUUUCCAAGACACAAUCCAUGCAAGACUGCAGCACGAGGGCCAUGAUUCCCCUGCGUCGAGGGCUUGAAGGAAACAUUUACCUUUGACUUUAGAAGUGUUGCUCCGUCCUUGUCUCAUGAAAGACAGCCUGCAUCUGGUUCUCCUACCUUUUGUGGAAUCGGGUGGGUGGGGUAGUGGGGUGAGGACAGAAUUCUCUAAAGCCCUGAAAAACGCAAAGCUGUCAAAGGGAUGAUUUUCUUCAGUUGGUUGAUCUGGUUUUUGCUUGUGGAAAAAGAACUGGCAGGGGGCCUGUUGUGCCUAUGUGAACUGGUUGGGGAAGAGACUGUAUUCUGCAGAAGUGCCUUUGAACUUGAAAAAGACAGAUGUGUGUGAGAUUUUACAAACUUGCCAGUCUCUACAUGGACUUGAAUUUGAAGAGCCAUAGGGGCAGUUCUUUCCUUGUCCACUUGCCACUAUACAAGAUGUACAGUUACUUUUUAAUAUUAAAUAUCCCUUGUUCUUGCCCUCUCCCUUGCUUUUGUGAAUACAUUUAUUAUCUGUUGC